AUAAACAAAAGGUGUUAUAUAAAACAAUUGCGUUGUCGGAGAUUGACUUCAGUGAGGCAGAUAGGAACAUGAAGGACCAAUGACACUGUGUUGUAAGAUGAUGUUUGCCUGCGUGGUUUUUGUAGCAGCAUUCGCCUCAAUAAACGCUGCAGCUGUACACGUAGGAGAGACAACUCUUACAGGGGGACUUCUAUCAAACAGCAGUACAGUGGCUGAAAGAGAUGACGACCAGAAAACAGGGACUCCUCCCUUCAUUGCUGACAACAACCAUUUGUCGACAAUGGGCAAAAGGACUGACAUGCCCAUUAAUAAGAAAUUAAGGCUCACUAUCGACAUUUUGAACAAACUUGUGGAAAAAAAGAAAAACUUCACUGAUUCCUUCUUCAGUCUUUUCUUUAAAUUGAAAGACUCUGGUGAAAUAUUACGCGCUGCAAAAACCUUUACUUUGAACAACAUUACAAAGAAUGACAAUACAGACUUCAAAGGUACAACAGAAUUGUCACCUGCUGCUGAUGUCAUGUCAAUUAACAAUGUUAUAAAAGAAACAUCUGCACAGUCCAGGUCACCAAUAAUGUCGGAUAUAAAUAACAGUCUACCAAGUGUGCUUCUAGACAAUGGUUUCAACGCAACUUCGGUAAAAUUCAUCAAAGCUUUAUUGUCAAACAUGCAUGACAAUGAUACAUCAUUACAUAAUCCACAGAGACGAAUAUCACAAACGAUCCCUCAGUUUUUAUUUGAAUUUGACGGUGAAGACGUUGUGCGAGAGAAAAUAAAAAGAGACGACGAUGAUGAAGAGGGAGACGAGGAGAAAGAUGAUGAAGAUGGAGACGAGGAGAAAGAUGACGAAGAUAAACCAACUUUGACUUCAAACUUUCCGAUGAAACAAUUUCCUCUCGACACAUCCUCUGAAGAUGACGGUCCUUUGAAUCUUAUACCGGAUCACAAUUGGGGUUCAGAAUUUCCACUGACACAAAUGCAAAGUAAAAUACUUUUUGAAGACGAAGAACCUCUCAAUCAUAUACCUGUUCGUCAAAUCCAACCUGUUCAAAAAAUUCAGACUUCGGACAUUCGGAGAAACAGACAACAGGAAUUAAACCCGCCAGGUAAUACUCCAAAUUUUACCCCACAUACCCUUCUUGCCUCUCCUCCACAAAGAAAUGCGAAUCCAGAGGAAGAAAUCACAGUUCUUGAAAAGCUUCUAAAAUUUGCAGAAGAUUUUCCAAAUGAUAAUAACGAAGUUGCUUCUUCUAUCCAAAAUGAAAAUGAUCUCUUUGAAGCCUUUAAUGGUGGCCAUUCCUUCUUCAAUAUUCAACAAGGUGAUCCUAUAGAUAAGAAAUCAGACAGUGGUCAAGAAAAGGAGAGCGAAGAGGAUAGCGACGUUGGUCGUGAUAUUGAAAACGAAAGUGUUGUUCGUACAGACACUCAAACGUCAGAGAGGAGUAGAGGCCAACACGUUUCACAAUCUAAUACUGCAGAUUUGAUUGCUGCGUUGUUUGCUGAUGACCAGCCGGAAGUCAGUGUCAUAAAGUUUAACGAUAAUCAAGAAGUGCAGGAAAAAGACAGUGAUGAGGAAACUGCAAACGAAGUUCAAACGCUUUUUGAACAAACUUUCUCAAAUGAAGAUGAUGUCGAAAACACGAGGACGCUAGAUAAAGGAGACAAUGAUUCGAGUGAAGAUGAUAAAAAAAUAAACAUUGCAGAAGCUCGCAAGGAAGAAGAUUCCGCGAGUAAUGAAAAUAACAAAAGUAGUACCCAUGUCGAUCUCGAUAGUGGAGUAGACAACGCAUCUAACAAUGAUGAUUCUGGCGAACGAAGACCUCUGUCAGAAAGCAAUGAAAAAAGUGGAGAGACCAUAUCAGAUGAAAACCUAACCAACUCUGACAGUGAACCUGGCGAUAGGGAUCCAGAAAGCACCGAGCAAAGCUCCAGUAAAGAAAACUCAUUUGAAAAAUUCAAAGAUUCUUCCAAUGGAUCAGGAGAAAGUACCACUGAUUCGGAGAUGAAUGAAGUAUUGGAUCGUGGGUCUGACGACAGUGAUUUGGAAGGCGAUGAACAAAACUCCAGUGACAAAAAGUUGAGCACAUCUAACGAGGGAGAUUCAACAAGCGUUGAACAAGAUUCAAGUGGUGAAAACUCGGAAAGUAAGUCAGUUGAAAUUGAUUCGGACAUUAAAGACAAAGACUCCAGUGAAGAAAAUAAAAACACCGCGUCUUCAGUGGAAAGCAGUGACAGUAGCGAAGAAGACACCCUCGUAAAACUGCAACCUGAAGUUAAAACUAUUCAAGAUCGCAAACCAGUUCGCAAACCUAAGAAACCUUUUUUACAACAUAACCUUCCCCACAACUAUCAACUGUUUAAUAAACCCAAGGAAAACGCCCCAAUUCCACCGGACAACAGACGGUUUCCUAUCGAAGAACCAGAAGCUGUCGCACCACGAGAAACACAUGAAAAUAGAGAUCUUUCAGAAGAUACACUCAUAAAACUGCAAUCAGAAAUUAAAACUGUUAGACAUCACAAACCAGUUCAUCCACCCAAGCAGCCUUUUCAACAACAUAAUCUUCCCGACGAAGAUAUAUUUCAACCGUUGGAUAAACCCAAGGUAUAUACCCCUGUUCCACCUGACAUCGGACAAAUUUAUGUUAGAGAACCAGAAGACCCACCACAAGAGGUAUAUGAAAACAGGGACUUUUCAUACCUAGACGAUGAUAUACCCGGUAACUUAAACCUCCCACAACCAAUUAGGAAUGACAAUGAUCUCAUCCACGCUAUCUCAGAAAUUGAGAACACACUUCCUGUGGAAAUAGAACGGAUCAAACUGAGAAAUAUUCAAACUAGAAACAGAAAGAAAGAAAGAAACCACAAGAUUACAUUAAAUUCAAUAUACGGUAGAAAUUAUGGCAGACGGCAAAUAUAUAACCGAUAUUUAGGCGGUACAGAUUAUGGUAGACAACAAGGAUAUGCACGAUAUUCAGGCGGUACAGAUUAUGGCACACAACAAGGAUAUGCACGAUAUUCAGGCGGUACAGAUUAUGGCACACAACAAGGGUAUAAAUGGUAUUCCACGACAGGGGACGAGAACGAUUACGGUGCAGGACGAGAGUAUACCACGUAUUCCAGAGAUGCAGACGACUAUUUCACAGAUACAGACGACUAUUUCACAGAUACAGACGACGAAAUAAGGCCAAUAUACACACUACCGAGACACGGAAGUGAUCAAUUGCUGAAAUUAACUUCAAAGGAACUAGACGACUUAAACCAAGUAUACAGGGCUACCAAAUAUCGUAGGCCUACCCAUCACUAUCCAGGCGUUAAAAAUGGACACGAAGAGUGGAACAGCAAAGUACGAUCCAGUCUUCUGCGUGGGAAUAUGGGCAGACGCCGGCGUAUAUACGGAAAACGACAUCACAGAAUAGGUCCCAAUGACAGAAUGCUGACUCGCGGACGAUAUGGCGCAAAGAGACGAUCGAUAUUUCGUCCAAUGCGACAGUAUCGCAGAGGAGGAAGCUCUCGAUUGCUACAAUAUUUACUGAGAACAGAGACUUAUCAUCCACACACACGCACGCACACACAUGUGCACACACGCAAGCGCGAUUUGAACGGCGGGAAAUGGAAGUCAACAGCAAUGCUUUGUGAAUCCUAUUGCUGAGAAACAUUGUUCAUGCAUGUAGGUUUUAAUUUAUUACUAAAUGUUUUUGAUGAUA